AACACAGACAUUUGAGUUUUCAUCUGUUUCCAAUACACGUCUCAACGCGACCUCCACGUUGGUUUGAUUCGCUCUUUUGGGCUCUCCACUCAAUCGGUAAUUCCUAAAAUGGCUGAAAAUCUCGUGACUCAGGUAACGCAAGAUGUCGGUGGUGAUGCUGCGGCGGCAUUGACCCACGAAGAAGAAAACAUGAAUAUCGAUUACAACUCGAAAAUCCAUUUAAACAUCAGGGGAAAAGCAUUUAGUAUCACACGGGAUGAGCUCAUGAGCUUACCUGAGAGUAUAUUGUUGAGUCUAUUUCCUAAUGGCGUCUUCUUGGACUUCAACGGACAAGUGAUUUCUAAAUUGACGGAAGAAGACGUCGUUUUCGUCAAUUUCGACCCAGCCAGCUUUGAGUAUAUUUUGCGAACUUUUGGAGAUGCACAUGCCGAUCUUCAAGGAAUGACAAAUCUCUCACCUCAGAUCUCGGAAAACAGCCAUCUUGACUCUUCCCCUUCAGUGUUGCAAACAAAGCCAGCAAUAAUAGUCUUGAGGGAAGAUUUGGACUAUUAUGUCAUUCCCCCUUCUGCGGGAUGUUCCAGCGAGGAUAUUAAGCAUCUCAAGCUUGAGGUCGCAAACAAGCUCAUGGAGAACAAGAUGAUCUUUUCUGGCCUUGGGUAUGACACCUCUUUACCCAGCAGUAUCACGCAAAAGCUUGGGCCGGCAGAACAACAUCUUCUUGAUAUGUUGUGCUCCUCUGGUUUCGAACGAAGGGAGUCUUGGGGUAGCAGGUCUUUGGAGCCCAGUAAGUGUGUUUUACAGUCUUUGCUGUUGAUUCGUUUGGCAAAUCCCCUGGUUACACCCCCGGAUUCGCCAUCUCUCAAUCCUGUAAGCUCCCAUGCGUCCACUCGGUCGAGAUCGAGGUCUAGAAUAGCCACGUUGGCGAGUUCCGCAAGUCGUGCUGCAUCUAGAUCGAUGUCGAGAGCCAGGAAAAACACGGAAAUAAAUCAUUCCAAACUUUUGUUAUUUUGGAAAAAGCCUGCUAGAAAGUGCUGGUGGUCGAAUGAGGAAAUAGAGGUCCAGGUAGCCGCAACAGGUCUCAGCAAGCUUGGCGAUAAUGUCAAAGUCAAAGUUCACAUCAGACGGGUGUGGACGUUAGAGUUGUCUGUGAUUGGAGUUCAGUGAUCAGGUGCUAUAUCUUGCGCUUUUCCAUCCUAUACGGCCUGAGAACCGAAGGUACUCGUCUUUUAUGUUCGCGCAAAGCGAGAUCAUCCAAGCGUGCAUGUCAGAGUGUUGGAGUGUUAAAGGCUAUUUGACUUUACCACUAUGAAUGUUGCGCUCGUCAAGC